AUAUCCAUAGCCAAAUUCCUUCUUUUGACAUUGCUCUUUCAUCUAACCUCUUCUCAAGACAACUUGGCUUAAGUACAUUAGUCCAUACCAUAUAUCAAUCAUGCACUCAUCAGGGAAACCUCAUGAUGAGGCUCCUUGGUCCGUCGGAUUUUGUGAUUGUUUCUCCGACAUGAAAACUUGUUGUAUGGCGUGUUUGUGUCCAUGCAUCGCUUUUGGCCGGAUUUCUGAGAUUCUUGACAAAGGGUCAACUUCUUGUGGGGCAAGUGGGGCACGGUACAUAUUAAUAAUGUGUAUCACCGGGUUUCCAGGCUUAUAUUCGUGCUUCUACCGAUCCAAACUGCGAAAGCAGUAUAGGUUGAAGGGAGGCUGUUGUGGCGAUUGCAUGCGUCAUUUGUACUGCGAGAUUUGUGCCUUGACUCAAGAGUAUCGUGAGCUCCAGAACCGUGGAUUAGACAUGUCUAUCGGUAUUUCUACAUUAAACCAUCUUAAUUGUUAAACCUUUCUUCAACUUCAAGUAUCUGAGUAUAGAUGCAUACAAAUUACCUUUGUGGGGGUAUAUAUAUGCUGGUUGGCAUGCAAAUGUGGAGAAGAACCAAGGGCUAGCGAUGGCUCCAGUGGUACAAAAAGGGAUGAGCAAAUAGAUGAUGAUGAUGGGAUAUUGCUAUCUUAAUACCGUCUUUUAUUUAAUUAAUGAGUUUGUUCUCGUAAUUGUGUUUAUCUCUGUAACUUUUAUUCUCUCUCUAUUACUUAAAACUUGUUUUUUCUUCA